UCCCGAUGGAACGCCGAUGACGGAUGUUUACCGAUCGUUCUUGCUCAACCUGCCCAUAGACUACGCUAGACGUCACUUCCCGCCGACUGCCUUGCGUCCGUGCUCACCGUCUCGUCGCAGAGAGCUGCCAUCUCAAACACCAUCACCGCCUGAGAGAGUCGUUGGCAAAUCAAACGCCGACGGGGCUACAUUCUCAUCAAACAUCCAUCUGUUCAGCCUCUUUCUCGCGAGCUCCUGUCUAGCAACUCUUCGCGGGUAAUUUUCCGACGGACCAUAUCGUGUUUCGGCUUCUCUCAGCUUCUUCGCGCCUUUCGCGUUUCGACCCAGCCGACCGGAACCCCGGACUUAUUUUCUAUCUCCUUGCUUUGCACUCCUUCCACAUUCGGACUGCUCGGUACUUUGUCAAGACUCGUACUUCGAUCCACUCAAGGCAUACCAUUGUCAUCACCUGCUUCGAUAUCUCGAACAGCUGCGCACAUAGCGACUUGACCGAAAAUUUCCAUCACUGGCGAUCUAUUGAACUCUUUGUGAGGAAGGGGAAAAAACUUUCAACCCAGUCCAACUCAGCGCGCUCUACGCCGCAACCACCGGCCAACCUCCCAGCCCGACCUCCUCCAUCCGCCGUGUCUCAGCCU